GGUGCUCCAAUACUCGCGCCACCGGGGAGAUAAAUAGCUCGAGAACAGCUUCUCAACUCGGAAGUUCUUUGUUCGGUCGCUUAUCGUCAGUUUAACCGUAAACACCACGAUGGCGGACAAAAUGAGCAUGUCUCUGGACGACAUCAUCAAGCUGAAUAAGAAAGGAGGCAGCGGCCGUGGUGGUGGCGGCGGUGGAGGAUCCAGGUCCGGCGCGAGUUCAGGUCGGGCCCGUGGUUCGUCGAGGCCAAUGCGGGGUCGACAGAACAACUUCAACCGCGAGAGAAACAGCCGACCCACACCGUACACCCGGCCCAGAGAGUUGCCAGACAAAUGGCAGCACGACAUGUUUGAGGAGGACGCUGGUAUACGCAGACGACCAACCGAGGUAGCUGAAAGAAGUGUAGAAAGCAAUGGCAAGCUGCUGGUUUCCAAUCUGGACUUUGGGGUCUCUGACUCAGAUCUGAAGGAGCUUUUUUCAGAGUUUGGAACCCUAAAGAAAACGUCCGUCCACUACGACCGCUCUGGCCGCAGUAAAGGAUCAGCAGAUGUCCACUUUGAAAAUAAGGCAGAUGCACUUAAAGCCAUGAAGCACUAUAAUGGUGUCCCCCUUGAUGGUCAGCCCAUGAAGAUCCAGCAAGUGUCCUCAGAGGCUGAUGUGUACAGUAGACCAUCAACACAAAGUGGUUUUGACCGGAGCAGACUCGGUCAACCCCGGUUUGAAAGGAGGGAACGUGGCGAACAGAGACAAGGCGGCGGUGGCGGCGGUGGUGGUGGUGGUGGCGGCGGAUACAGAGGGCGAGGAAGAGGACGAGGAGCUGGAAACAGACCUCAACUCUCUGCAGAAGAGCUGGAUGCCCAGUUGGAUGCUUACAAUGCGAAGUUCCAGAUGGACACCAGUUAGGAGCUCAGAAGAUGCUGUCCCUGUUCAAUUUUUAAACAUUUUGGACAUAAAAAAAACAAUCAGGUUAAACUGAUAUUGUGAAUCAGACCAUUUAACGUAUGGACCAUUAUGAUGUUUUAUUUUGUAGCAAAGUUUUCUGCAGCAGUUUUAUGGUUUUUUGGGGUUUUUUUGGAAGGGGGGGGGGGCAUUAUUUGUCCACUGGCUCGUGUGCUCUUUUCCUCAUGUGUGGACAAGUACCGUGGACUUGCAGCAUUUUUAAAAAAAACAACUUAAUUCUGUGGCCUGGCGGCCUAUUUAAUGUACUGUUCAAAUGUUAAUGGACAUCAAUUCAGUCACUUGUACUGUAUAGUCAACAUUAUGAUGUAUCUGAAAGGAUUUUGUAUAUAAAACAUUAUACUGAACUGUCUCUCCUGUGUUUACUCUGAAGAGGACGUGGUGGGGAUGAUUUGACAGUUUGACUCCUGUAUGUGUGAGUUAAAUGCCAAUUUUUCAAAGUAAAAAAAAAAAAACCAUCUACUCAUGAUUAGGAAAGUACGGAGCCCUGGAGGCCACGACAUGUAGACACUUUACAGUGACAAAGAUGUUUAAUUUUAAUAAGAAAUGGCAAUAUUGUACUGUGUAAUUCAACGAAGUAUAAAUACUUGUACUUUUACUCCUACAUUUCCUAAAUAAAUGGUGUACUUUCACUACA